AUGGCGGCCAUGAACACGAUGAGCAGUGCGCUGCACAGCCUCAUGAAACCGGACCCUCCGACGCUGAAACUCCCCGGCGCCGCCAAGGCCCAGCAAAACCUGCCAGCUUAUGUAUUGAAGGACUUAUCCACCAUAAGCCCGAAAGCCCCAAGGUGUAACCCACCAGCCGCAGCAAGCCCAGAGACUGCCAGUAUCCUUCUGAAAAAACACCCGAAACAGCUGAGGAGGCCACAUCACCAUCAGAGCGAAGCCUGUCUUGUCUGCGGCUCCGGAUUUCUUCCUCCGCUCCGCUUUGCGAUGUUUCAUGAUUGCGCUUCGGAUUGGGAGUCAGGACUUUGGAAAAGGCCUCUGGCCUUUAGCCGAUUUGGAACUGCAUGUGAUACUGGCCCUGCCCAUGGCACUCCGACAGGAGAACAACAAAAGAAGUGCCAGCUGCCUGGCCAGAAAAAAAGCUAUGGUCUUGGAGAGAUGUCUGGGAACUGA